AUAUAUGUCUUUUUUCUUGCAGAGCUUUAUAGUAAAUUUAUACAACUAAAAAAGAAAAGAAAGAGAGAGAGUCUCUCUCCUUUUUCUCUCACGAGUCUCAAGCCCGGUCCUUGAAGGCUUUGGAUUCCAGAAACAGAGUAUAAAAAAAUCCAUCUGACCAGAAAAAAAGAAGAAGAAGAAGAAGAAGAAGAGGAGAGCUGCAUUUUAUAAUUUGUCAGAGUGAUUCUCUCUGCUUUCCAGAAUUAAAGAAGCAGAAAAAAAAAAAAAAUCUCUAACAUUGUACAACACACACGCAGAGACCAAUCGUGAGAUGCCGGAGAAGGGACUGAGCUGGCCCUCAUCACAGCCAUGGAGUCUAAGUCCAAGGUCGGGUCCUUUGCUUCAUUGGCGAGUUGGGGUUUUAACAGCUCUGGUUAUUGUUGGAAUGGUGGUCAUUUGGAGCGUCGAUGCAAGAACUAUGCAGAGCUUCGUUACAAGGUCCCGCCAAGCUUACCUCGUCACAAAGGUUAGUGCUUUAACUAAUCUCGCCCAAAACCAUGAAAAUGGGGAGUUUAGCUCCUUGCACAUUGCGGCAAAUCAGACCAAGAACCAAACCAAAGUGACCCAGUUCAAAACCCACUUUGAUUCUCAUGACCCAGUUAAUCUUUCGCGUUCUGAAUCGCUUUCUGAGCCUAAUUCAACUGGGGUUUCUGUAAAGUUGGAUAUAAAUCAAACGCAUCCUGUAGUUCCAGCUGAUUUGAGUUGGGUUUCAGCUGGAUUAGAGCCUAACGUUACAAAGAAUCUUUUAGCUCGGUGGCUAGCUCCUGGAGGAGAGCCUUGCAGAGCUUCUAAAACAGUGGAAAUUGCAAUUCCUGAUUUGGAUGGUAGGGAUCUAAUUGAGUUACCAGCUGGCGAAAUCUAUGAAUUUGGUUUUCGAGCACUGAGUGAUGACAAGAAGCCUCGCUGUUUAGGUGGGGAUUACUUUGAGACUGAUCUUUCUGGGGACUCAUGGAAAUCUAGGCCUGUUGUGAAGGAUUUUGGCAAUGGAUCUUAUUCUGUCUCGUUUCAAAUUCAUCCGGACUUUGUGGGGUUAUACAAUCUUACUAUUAUUCUCCUUUUUAGGCAUUUUGAGGGUCUAAAAUUAUCACCACACCGGUUUGUGUAUGAUCGAGAGCUUCGAAAGAUACCAAUCAGGUUUACCAAAGGCUCCGCUAAAUUGCCAGAGCUACAUACUUGCAAAGAGUCCGAUUUUGGAAGAGAUAUUUGGACUGGAAGGUGGACUAGGCAUGCCAAGAAUGAUGCUUGUGAAAUUAGUGAAGAUGGUCGGUACCGGUGCCUAGCCCCAAAUUUUCCUUGCCCAAGUCCAUGGUGCAAUGGUUCAUUGGGUUUGUUGGAGAGUAAUGGUUGGGUUUACUCCGCACACUGUUCUUUUAGGUUGUUUUCAGCUGAUGCUGCUUGGAAUUGCUUGAAGAACCGGUGGAUUUUCUUCUGGGGUGAUUCCAACCACGUCGACUCAAUACGGAACAUUCUCAAUUUUAUCUUGGAUCGGCCUGAUAUAGCUGCAGUUCCUAGACGGUUUGAUAUGAAUUUUACAAACCCAAAAGACCCUUCACAGACAGUUCGAAUUACAAACAUUUUCAAUGGUCAUUGGAAUGAAACACUGAAUUACCAAGGUUUGAAUUCUUUGCAAAAUGAAGGAUUUAGGAAUUUGAUAAAGAAGUACUUCUCAGAAGACACGGUUCCAGAUACUAUAGUCAUGAAUUCUGGAUUACACGAUGGGGUAAAAUGGUCUAACAUAAGAUCAUUCAUUAAUGGGGCAAGCUAUGCAGCAUCAUUUUGGGUGGAAGUUAUGGAGUCAAUAAGGCAGAGAGGAUUGGCAGUUCCAAGAGUCAUUUAUCGUACCACAGUAGCUACCGGCGGGUAUGCACGAGCUCUGGCAUUUAAUCCUAGUAAGAUGGAGGCAUUCAAUUGGGUAUUGUUAGAUAAAUUGAAGGAAGCUGGGAUCCUUUCUGGUGUAAUUGACAAUUUCGAUAUGACCUUCCCGUGGCAUUACGAUAACCGGUGCAAUGAUGGGGUACACUAUGGCCGACUUCCUGCAAAGAUGAAGUGGAGAGAUGGUGUCAUCGGGCACCAUUAUUUUGCAGACCUUAUGUUGGAUCAUAUACUGCUGAGUGCACUUUGUGCCAGCUACCAAGGUUCUGCAAGCAGGUGAAGCAAUUCACUUUUUGAGGCAAUUUUAGAAGGAAAAUGGUGCUUUGGCGCUAUUCUAUCAAGAGAAUCUCAGAUGCAGGCCCUUCCCAGAAUGCCGGAAUGCAUGGUAUUUAACACAGUUCUGCUAGUGCUUCAAGGCAGAGUGUGAGAUGGUGCAUUCAUUAUUUUGAUCCAUACUGUUCAUUAGAUUGGCUUUAUCAUUCUUUAUUUGUUUAUGUAUAGUUACAUAUGGUUUAGAAGAUGAAUUCAGAUAUUCUCAUAUUAUUA